UGUCCCCCACUUCAUCCAUUCUCCAGCAGCUGUGUUAAGGGAAAAAUAAAAUAAAUUUGUCAAAGUAUCGGCAGAAACAUAUUUACCUUGCAUAUUUAGCUUUUUGCUUUACUCUGGGUUGAAAUUCAGAUUUAAAAUUUUUGAGAUCUUGCAAAACCAGAUGAGGCGCGAUGAAUGACAGCGAAGUUGAAUUCCACAUUCGGCACAAUUACCCCUGGAGCAAACUCCCAAAUUCUGUCAAACAAUGCGUUGGAAACAGUCAAAAGGAAUACGACAAAGCAGUUGUGUCUUUCAGCAUAAAGAAUCAACUUCGAUAUCGAGGAAACCUAGUCGGCCAGUGCUACUUUGCAGUGCGCCAAGUGCAGCCAGCAGAAAGGCGUUAUUAUGAAGAGGUCAUGUCAUACAGUCAGAGCAAACUGCUGCUCUACCCCUAUCACCUGAGUGAUGUGGUUGUGCAGGGGUUGAGAGUCACCCCGUUCCAGUACUAUCUUGCCAUGCUCGAGUCCAUAAUGGAAGCAGAGCGGAGCUACGAUUCGCUUCCUAAUUUCACAGCUGCCGACUGCCUUCGUCUUCUUGGGAUUGGUCGCAAUGAGUACAUAGACCUGAUGAAUGAAAGUCGUAGUGGUCGGCGCCUGUUUCGCAGAAAAGCUCCUCGCUCGCUGCUUCCUCAGAGUCCACUCAGGGUCCCUUUGGAACCUUGGUGGGUCGCUCACGUUGGCUGUGUCACUGACGACGAUGUACGAUCUAUUGGCGCAGACGAGAAGGAAAUCGUUGACCGCCUUGUGGACCAGGCUGGGAAAGGACUCCGAGCUGGUGACCUUGACCUCAGAGUGGUUCACAAGCUUUACAAGAAAGGGUUGAUUUACAUUGACGUCCCAAUAGAAGAUGCAGAUUAUGUCGUGGUGCCACCUUUGGAAGGUUUUGUCAUGAACAGGGUCUUGGGUGACUACUUUGAGACUCUCCUUUAUAAAAUUUUUGUGUCGAUUGAUGAGCAUACUUCUGUUGGGGAGUUGGCAAAUGUCCUUCAAAUUGACGUGGACAGUGUCCGGACAGCAGUUUCGCUCUACUGUCGUCUUGGCUUUGCCAAAAAGAAGGACAGUGAAGGCGCUCGUCCGCAUCCGUCCUGGCUGGCAACUUCCCCUCGGGGUGAAGGAAGACCUCGAACGGAAGAACUUUUGGCCGAACCAGAAAUGCUGCUGCGGUUCGAAGCAACGCCAAUCACUGACCCCGGCCUCCCAACUCCCUGCACCGAUUCAUCACCUUCUGUGACAGAUGAAGAAGUCACGAAUCGACUUUUGGAGCCACACUCAAAGGCUCGGCGGAUUGCAUUUUUGUUCGAUUCCACUCUGACUGCAUUUCUAAUGAUGGGAAACCUGUCGCCAGGGCUGAAAAGCCACGCCGUCACCAUGUUUGAAGUUGGAAAAUUGGCUGACGAAUCGCUGACAAGUCUUUUGGCCGAGUUGGAGCGGGUUGAGGCAGGUGGAGAGGGGGAAGCACAGCGCUACUUUGACCAUGCUCUUGUUUUGCGACACACAGUUCGCGCCCUUCGCCACAACAAUGCCCUCGGGACGCUCAGUUUGGCCCUAGACUUAGUGCGUUGCGAGUCACUUCAGUCUCUAGAGCCCCUAACCAGAGGCCGACUUCUCAGCAAGAACUACGCCCUGCUUGUGUCAAUGGCCCCUUUGUGUCGAGAAAUUAGGCCAGUUGCAAGUUGCGGUCCUCCGCAUUUAGGCCCGGCACUGCCUGAGGUCAACUCUGCCUGGUUCAAACUUUUCCUGUAUAGACUGACUGGACAGGGACCCCCAUCACUUCUUCUUUCUAGAGGGACUCGCUUGAGACGCCUUCCAUCGUGGCUUCGACGCACUGACCGACUUUUGAUUACUGUGUGGGGUCAUGACCCUGCACCUCUGCCCAUCUCGGCAGCGCUAUUUUCACUAAACGAAGCUCUAUGCCACUCUGCGGUUUUGGUGCAGGCUGCUGGCAGAGAGACUGUUUUGGUUCCAUUCCCUGGCAAAAACAAGCUGCAAGAGCACCCAGCAGUAAAGACUGUUAGCGAAGAGGUUGAUCUGAAGCACAACUGCGGCUACAUAACAUUAGUUCGCAUCCAUGGCGAAGAUUCGAGAGACGGAGAAGCAGCUGAAGAUGCAUUGCAGCGGCCCGAGGAAUGGACCCUGCUGGACUGCUGCUUUGGAGUUCCUCUUUUUGAUGCUGGAGCAAACCACAGCAUCCUCACUGCCAUUCAGGAGUGUGGAUUAUGGCGCCCAGAAAGCCUUGACGCACUUUCUGAGAGUGGUAGAAUAUUAGGACUCCGACUUUUAGAUUUCAUUGGACAACAUCAGAGUCAUCCAGUGCUUCCCAAAGACUUUACCGUAAAUGGCGCAGGAAAGAAAGCAGCUGGCUUGGCUGUGGCGAUGCCGACUUGUAGUCUUGCCUUCAAUGAUGGCAAACUCUUCAAUAUGUGAUUAGUUUGCCAAAAAGAGCCCUUGUCAUGUAAAUGUGUUGUGAAUGCAGCAUUUAGAGAUAGUCACACACAUGUAAAUAAGGGGCUGUGAACAAUAUCCUUAGUGAAAAUAGAAUUUUACCAAGAUAUAUUAUUAUUUGUGAGGUUAAUAAUUUUGCAGGCCGUGAAAAAAUAUGCUUUUGAGCCAUUUUACCAUUAUCAUUUAACAACUUUGUAUCUAGUUUUUUUAGUGAAUAAUUAUUUUUACCGUUAUUUUUAAUUGUUUUAAACAGUUUUAAUAUAGAUUUGAGAGUGUGUAAAAGA